AUGGGUCGCGAGCGCGGCUAUGACUACCCCAAGCCCGUCGGCCCCAAGCCGAAGCCGAAGCCGAAGCCUGCAGGCGGCGGCGGCAGCGGCGGCAGCUCCGGCGGGGGCAGCUCCGGCGGGAGCGGAGGAGGCGGUAACUCCAGCGGGAACGGCAGCAGUAGCGGGUCGAAGUAG